AUGCUCGGGCGCGCGGGGUCCGCCAAGAAGGCGAGCAAGUUCGAGGACUCGGACAGCAGCAGCCGCAUGUCACGACCCAGGGCCAUGUCUGAGCUGCCGCACCGGGCCGCGACUCGCGUGCCCACGCGCCCGAGGACGGCGACUGUGGCCGUGGGCGCCGUGGCGAGUGGCGGCGUGCGUCCCCGUGGUGUCGGCGUCGGCCGAGGGGCGGCGCCCCGCAGCCCACUGCACGAGAAGAAACCCGCAGGUGCGGUCGCUGGUGGUGGCGGUGGUGCAGGGCCGCGGGCGGCGGAGCUGGAGGCCAAGCUGGGGAAGGCGCACGACCAGCUUGCAGCGAUGCGGGAGCAGCUCGCGGCCGCCGAGAAGGCCAGGAAGGACGCGCGCGGCGCGUUCGCCGAGGCCAAGAAGCGGUUCGCCGCGAACGCGAAGAAGAGGGAAGCCGCCUCUUCGGUGCCGGCCGCACAGGAUACCAAUGUGCGGCCGCCAGAACAGAAGCAGCAGGAGGAGGAGGCAGAAGUUGUCGCAGAGGACGUUGUAAACGGCGACGGCGAGGAGACAAGUGGCAUGGUCGACCGCGAGAACAAUGAGUCCCGGGUUGAGGAGGUGGCCGAGAAGACGGCUGAUAAUGGCGAUGAGGCGAGCAACAGUAUUGCCGUCGUUGGAGACGACGAUGGUGGCAAUGAGGGGAACCUGGAGGCCGGCCAGCUGUGGACCAAGCUUGUGGCCAAAGACAGGGAGGUGUACGAGCUGAGGGCGAAGCUGAUGCUGAAGGACAUGGAGGUCGACGCGCAGAAAUUGGAGCUGACGGCGAAGGACGCGAACAUCGGCACUCUGGUGGCAGAGCUGGUCGCAAAGGACGCCGAGUUCGCCGCUCUCAGAGCCGAGAACUCCGAGCUGACGAAGACGGCCUCCGACGCCGCCGAGGCCGACAGGAAGACGACGGCCGCGAAGGCGAGGGAAGCCGAGCGCGCGCUGAUGGACAGCGCGGCGUGUGAGGCCCGGCUGGGCGAGCGGCUGAGGGAGUCGGAGCGCGCGCGGGAGGCGCUGGAGGCCGAGGCGCGCCGCAUCCGCGUCCAGAGAGAGCAGUGGCGCAAGGCGGCCGAGGAGGCCGCGGCGGUGCUCGGCGGCGCGGGUCACCACGUUGGCACGGAGGAGACGGACGAGGACAAGCAGCGGGACGCGGGAGAGGUGGACUCCGGUGUGAAGAGGAAGCCGGCCGGCGGCGCCGUGCGGCUGCUCGCCGACCUGUGGAAGAAGAGGGCGUCGAAGUGA